UUGUCUGAACAAAAUUGAAACCCCAAGCUUUCCUCGUUUCGAUCUGUCCGAACCUCCGCCUCUCCCGAGCGCAGUCAAGAACCCUAAAAGGAAUACAAAGGAGGCGCCUUCGCGUUAACGAAGGAGGUGUGUAUAUGCUCGGAACCUCUAUUUAAAAAUUGCUGUAAUGGGAAAGAAAAAACCGGAAGAAGGCAAGCCGAGCAGCAGAGAUGCUCCAAAAGAUGGAAAGAAAGAGAAACUAUCAUUGUCAGCAAUGCUUCUGGAACCAAAGCCUGAGAAACCCAAGAAGGGGUCGUCCUCUUCCGUGACCGCCAGUAGGUCUAGAGCUGCUCCAAAAGCAUCCUCUUACACUGAUGACAUUGAUCUCCCUCCCUCAGAUGAUGAGGAGGAUGAGCAAGAACUACUGGAGGCCGAGGCCAAAAGACAGGCUAGACAGCAAAAGGAUGACCUGAAGACAAUUGACACAUCUUUGUCGGAAAAGGAAUUGAAGAAGCGGGAAAGGAAGGACAUGCUUGCUGCCUAUACUGCAGAGCAAGCCAAACGAGAGGCCCUUAGGGAUGAUCGUGAUGUUUUCACUGUUGUUAUUGGCAGCCGGGCUUCAGUCCUUGAUGGCGAGGAUGAAGCAGAUGCUAAUGUCAAGGAUAUAACGAUAGAUAAUUUUUCUGUGUCAGCUCAGGGGAAAGAACUUUUGAAGAAUGCAUCAGUAAAGAUAUCCCAUGGAAAGAGAUAUGGUUUGGUUGGACCCAAUGGAAUGGGCAAGUCUACAUUGUUAAAACUUCUUGCUUGGAGGAAGAUUCCGGUACCAAAAAACAUUGAUGUCCUCCUGGUUGAACAAGAAGUGGUUGGUGAUGAUAGAACGGCCCUUGGAGCAGUCGUGGCAGCAAAUGAAGAGCUAAUAAAGCUUCGAGAAGAAGUUGAAGUUUUGCAGAACUCAAGUUCUGCUGCUGCUGAGAAUGAAGAUGAUGGUUUGAAUGACGAUGAUGCGGGUGAAAAACUUGCUGAAUUGUAUGAAAAGUUGCAGAUCUUGGGGUCAGAUGCUGCUGAGUCCCAGGCGUCAAAGAUUCUUGCUGGUUUGGGUUUCACUAAAGAAAUGCAGGGUCGUCCUACCCGGUCAUUCAGUGGUGGCUGGAGGAUGAGAAUUUCAUUAGCUAGAGCUCUUUUUGUGCAACCAACUCUUUUGUUGUUGGAUGAGCCAACUAACCAUCUUGACCUUAGGGCUGUUUUGUGGUUGGAGGAGUAUCUUUGCAGGUGGAAGAAAACUCUGGUGGUGGUUUCCCAUGAUCGUGAUUUUCUUAACACAGUCUGCAAUGAAAUUAUUCAUCUUCAUGACCAGAAGCUUAACUUCUACCGUGGGAAUUUUGAUGCUUUUGAAAGUGGUUAUGAACAGCGUCGCAAAGAGACAAACAAGAAGUAUGAAAAUUAUGAAAAACAGAUGAAAGCUGCCAAGAGGUCAGGAAACCGCGUUCAGCAGGAUAAAGUUAAAGAUCGUGCAAAGUUUGUUGCUGCCAAGGAAGCUUCAAAGAAUAAGGCAAAGAGCAAGGUUGAUGACGAUGAGCCACAGCAAGAGGCACCAAGGAAGUGGAAGGAUUACAGUGUGGAAUUUCACUUUCCUGAACCUACCGAGCUGACACCUCCACUCUUACAGCUUAUUGAAGUCAGCUUUAGUUAUCCCAACCGGAAGGACUUCAGGCUUUCAAAUGUUGACGUCGGUAUUGAUAUGGGGACUCGUGUUGCUAUUGUUGGGCCCAAUGGUGCUGGGAAAUCUACUCUGCUGAAUCUUCUUGCUGGUGAUUUGGUUCCAACUGAAGGUGAAGUACGGAGAAGCCAAAAGUUACGUAUUGGGAGGUACUCCCAGCACUUUGUCGACUUACUGACGAUGGACGAGACACCAGUCCAGUAUCUUCUUCGUCUUCACCCAGAACAAGAGGGACUUAGUAAACAAGAGGCUGUACGGGCAAAGCUUGGAAAAUUUGGACUCCCGAGCUAUAAUCACCUCACUCCGAUUACAAAAUUAUCCGGAGGACAGAAAGCCAGGGUCGUCUUCUCUUCAAUCUCUAUGUCAAAGCCGCACAUAUUGCUAUUGGACGAGCCCACAAAUCAUUUGGAUAUGCAGAGCAUUGAUGCAUUAGCUGAUGCACUUGAUGAGUUUACUGGUGGAGUUGUGCUGGUUAGUCAUGAUUCUAGGCUCAUAUCGCGGGUUUGCGAUGAUGAAGAGAGGAGUCAAAUUUGGGUUGUAGAAGAUGGAACUGUUAUGACAUUCCCUGGAAAUUUUGAGGAGUACAAAGAGGAGCUACAGAGAGAGAUCAAAGCUGAGGUUGAUGAUUAAAGCGUCAUUAGAGGUAAAAUUAUUUUUUUCCAACACCAUAAAACAAUCGUCUGUGCACUUGGAUCAGUAUUGUCACAUAAGUGCAUUAGGACAGUCUCAUCUUUCUUUGACUACAGUUGAGUGUGUUAUAUCCUGUAUUGCGUUUAUGUCAUAUACAAACCAUUUUAAUUUAUGAACUUUUCCUCUACCUGUAUUUUGGCUCAGCAAUUAUCAUUUGAGUAGUUUUGGCUUC